GAAACGAGACGGUAGAACACCGAUCUAAAUACAUAAUUGGUACUACUAAUUCUAAUAAAAAUGCUACUGCGACUCGUUCCGGUUGACUCACGCCUUUGGGUUCACGUAGCCUCCCGCGGGGGCCACGUUCUUCGCGUUCGUGUCGCUGUAUUCCUUCAAAAAGAACCGCGAGCUCUUCAGGUCGUGACCCUUCUUGGCCGGAGGAUCGCUCCCGCUCACAAAGCCCACCAGGUUCAGCGUGUUGAAGACCCAGAUGCUGCCCUGCCGGCCGCCGGAUCCGCUGUCGUCCCAGAUCUUUGCCAGGUACCCGCUCGGCUUGCACCAGUCCCGCGGGACGCAACGCAUGCGCUUCACGUCCGGCUGCUUGUCCUGCUUGGUUCCGAUGAACCCGAGCGCCACGAACUCGUCGCCCGGGGGGACGGCCUCCCAGCCGUAGAACGGGUUGCUCCCGUGCGUCACGCUCCACGCCAGCCGGUAGCGCGCCGGGUGGGGCAUGAACUUGUCCAGGACGUGGGGCAGCCAGCUGCUGCCGCCCACCCAGCUGCCCGUGGUAUCCGUGACCUCGAUGCACAGCCGGUCCUUGCCGUCGCGGCUUGGGUUGUCGUACCCCGAUCCCGCAAAGUGCCCCAGCGAAAAGGAUUCCUUGUUCUGGCGGAACGCACCGCUCUGGAUGACCGGCUCCCAGAUGCUGAUCUUUUUUCGCGACAUGCUGCCCUGGCUGUUCCAAAUCAUGUGGAACUUGGUCACCUUCUUUACCUUCACCUUCACGGCUGCGAGAACAGGGGGCGGAAUGUUCACCACCCGUUUCUCUUUGUUGUCCGACGGCAUCGGCGGCAGAGGCAUGCCAUUGUUAAAGGCUGCCGCGUUAGACGCCAUUGUUCCGUCGUCUUCAAAGCCAACGGCUGCUUUGAACUCGUCGAGAUUGAUGUAUCCAUCCUUGUCUUGGUCCACUUCCUUCAUAAAGUCKAGRAGAAGUUGUUGAUCGAGGGGCAGUCCCAGCCAUGCAAGCCCUCGUUUGACAUCGUCGUAGUUCAGGAGACCGUCCCGGUCCCGAUCGAUUGCAUUGAAGCAGUCCCUCGGAUACAUGCCUCGGGCCUUGAGCAUUGCUGUGAUCCUUCCUGCAGCGAUCUUGUAGUUCAGCACGUGGUGCUCAUCCGCAUUGAUAAACACCUUCGACAAGGCAGACGUUGCGGGAUCCUUUUGCUUUCGACGACGGUUGCUCAUGACUUCCACAAAAUAAUUGUAGCGCAUCUCCUUGUUGUUCUCUUGAAUUGCUCGGAAGAGCAAACUGACUUCGCGGGGUUGAUAAUUGAGAGAACUGUCGAUGAAGCGAUAACAUGCCUUGGCAGUAGAAUCUUGAAAGCUCCUGGCUSGUUGAUAACCGUAUGUCGAAUCCAGUAGAGUUCUAUCGGUUCGAAGCGCUACAGCGCAAUCCUUUCCUGGAAUCAAUGGAAGAGAAAGCUGAUGAUGCAUAACGGCACGCAUGCAUUCGGCCUCGAACAACGAAAGAGCAACAUAGUAUCUACCUGCCUGCACUCGGUUGUACAGACGCUGCUCGAGCAAUCGCUUCAAUUCUUCAAAACUAACGGGACGGUUGGCAAAGUCAGGCAUUUGCUGGAAAAACUUGUCGCCCUCUUCACMAUCUACGUCGACGUCCACUGCUUUCAACACUUCUUCAAGCUCGGCAAAUGAGAUUGUCCCCGAUUUGUUGUUGUCGGCGCUUGUAAACGCCCUU